CUAGUAUAGAUGAGUCUUAUUAUAUUGUCAAAAUGUGUGUCGAAAGAUGGUUUCCAACAUCGUUUAAAUAAACUUGUAGACUCGUAAAUUAAUUUAUAUGUAUGUCGGAACACAAUGAGAUUGGAAAUGUUUCGAAACAAACUUAUCGGUUUUUGUAAACAUCGGAUGAUUUACUAAUAUAAUACUUAUUUUACACAUGUCAAAGCAAAUAGUUUGGUGAUUUCUUGAUUAGUUUUAAUGGGAAGUGGGGAUCUCAGAAGUAGAAAUAAGGUUGAAAAAGAAAAUAAUCUUAGUAUGCAAUGUGUGCUUGAAGUUUUUGGUAAGUUAAGUGUUGUUGCUUGAUUAAUAAGGUACCUACAUAGUAUUGUAGUAAAGUUUAUUUAUUAAUUAAACGAGUAUCUGUCCGUCUAAGCUGGAAUACCACUUAGUGAUAAACGUUGUGUGAGCUUUGAAUAUAUUAGUCAGUACCAUUAUAAAUCUUGAAAAUUUAAAAGACAAAUACGGCUGUACAGCUAUAAUAAUAAAUUGUAUCAGAUUGUGUCAACUUCGUGGAGAGCUAUUGUCUGGUCAAGCGUUUUCUGCCCGAAACAAAUCCGAGCAAAUCUACAUAUAUUUGGAACACACCAAGCUUAUAAUUCAGUACCAUAUUGGAGGUCUACUACAUAAGUCGUACUGUACGCUCUCCAAAGGCUUAAGAUGUAUUGGUUGAAAGUUUUAUGUGAAAAAAUCCGUGCUAUAUUAAGUAUUCUAUCAUUAACAAUGGAUACAAAUGAGACAGAAACUGGUCUUCGUGAAUGUAAUAAAGCUAUUCGCCGAAUCAACCAUAAUUUAAAAAUUGCUGGACCGUGGGGGAAAAACAACGAUUAUGUGCUGCUUUAGCUAAUAUUAAGAGCUAUCGAUCGCAAAUAAAGAAUUUGCGAAAAAAAGGAAAAGGUCUAAAGGAAACUGCAAAAAACCGUGUACUCUGGCAAGAUUCUUUAUCGACUUUCAAUAGUCGCAUUCAUAUUGGAGUAAUUACAAAUCUGCAACACAAAGAUCCGAAGACUUUUUUACAAGAUUGCAAAUCUAUUUUUGAACGAAAAAUCCAUAAUACGUUACAAACAAAAGAUGCCAUUAAAGUCAAUGUUGUUUUUUGUGGUGAAUUUGUUUUAUCGAAGGCUGAUAGAGUUCAAACUGAAUUUAAGUACUUCACAACUUCUAAUUCACCGAUAUAUAAAGACAGUAACAUCGGUCAAUGGUUUGAUAAAAAUGUUGUUCAUCCCAUUUUAACUGAACUUGAGGAAUUUCAAGAACGUGAUAGUGGAUGGGCUUUAAAACAAGUUGUGAACUUGGGUGUAAAUAUAAACAAGUUUACCCCUCAACUGGGAUCAUCGUAUAUUGAUUUACCUACACAAAUUAAACGAAAAAAAGCAUGUAUUAAUAUCAGAAAUGAUGAUCAAGCUUGCUUCGCUUGGUCUGUUAUGGCUGCUUUAUAUCCAGUAAUCAAAGACUCACAGCGUAUAUCUAUGUAUCCGCACUACUCAACUGUUCUUAAAUUAAAAGGUAUUCAAUUUCCAAUGAGUAUGAAACAAUUUCCAAAUUUCGAGAAACAAAACAAUAUUUCGAUAAAUGUGUACAUCUUACAAAAACAGAAAAAAUCAUUUAUUACUCUUCCUACAUACCUUACUAAAAAUAAAGAAGAUCGGCAUGUGGACCUUUUGCUUAUUCAGGAUAAGUACUAUGAGGAGGGAGAGAAUGUAAAAUAUCACUUUGCUUGGAUUAAAAGCCUUUCGAGACUACUUUCCAAGCAAUUGAGUAAUGAAGGGCAUGCUAAAUACUUUUGCGAUCGCUGUCUUCAUUAUUUCCGUUCUGAGGCAAAAUUAAACAUGCAUAUAGAAGAUUGUAAAAAAUUAAAUCAUGGUGCUAUUAAAAUGCCCGAAGGUGAUAAAUCUAUAGUAGAGUUUAAAAAUUUUAAAAAUAAAGAAAAAGUCCCUUUCAUCGUAUACGCUGAUUUAGAAAGUGUAUUGAAUCCUAUGGAAAAUAAAAAUAUUUAUCAGCAACAUGUUCCAGCUGCUGUGGGCUACUACCUCAAAUGUUCCUAUGAUGACACUAUUUCUUUUUAUCGAUCAUACAGAGGUUACGAUUGUAUGCAGUGGUUCACUGAUGAACUGAAAAAACUAGCCGAAGAUUUGGAAACUCUCUUUUGGUGCCCUUUCGACAUAGAUAUCUCGGCACAGCAGGACUAUAAUUUUCAAAAAUCUACACAUUGUCAUAUAUUAUGUGACCAACCGUUUGAGCCUGACGAUAAAAAAGUUAGAGAUCAUUUUCAUCUCCUCCCUUACAACAACUAUAGAGGUCCGUCCCAUGAGGGAUGUAACAUAAAUUAUCAGGAUAGUCAUGUAGUUCCUGUAGUUUUUCACAAUUUGUUCGGGUAUGAUGCCCACUUUGUAAUAAUUGACAUAGCUACUAGACUGCCAGGUCGAGUUGAUUUACUUCCUAUCACCAAAGAGAAGUAUAUUUCGUUUACCAAACAUAUCGAUGAUUCUCCCAUUCAGUUUCGAUUUAUUGAUAGUUUUCGUUUCAUGAAUUCUCGUUUGAGUACAUUAGCAUCAUAUCUAGAAAAUUUUCCCAAUUUAAGAUCUCAGUUUGAUAAAUUAACUGAAGAUCAUUACAAAUUAUUAACAAAGAAAGGAAUUAUGCCAUAUGACUACUUUGAUUCAUUUGAACGAUUUAAUGAAGCAUGUUUACCUCCAAUUGAUGCAUUUUAUAAUACAUUAGAAAACAAGCCAUGUUCACGUAGAAUGUACCUUCGUGCGCAGGAUAUUUGGAGCAAGUUUUUAUGUCGUAACCUUGGUGAUUACGUAGACUUAUACAUGAAAACGGAUAUUUUGCUUUUAGCUGACGUUUUUGAGCAAUUUAGAUCAAGUUCUCAUAAAAGUUAUGGUUUAGAUCCAGCACAUUAUUAUACCCUACCUGGAUACACUUGGGAUGCUAUGUUAAGACAAACUGGUCAAAAACUGGAACUGCUAACUGAUCAAGAUAUGUUUCUCUUUAUUGAAAAGGGAAUACGAGGCGGUUUAAGUCAGGUCUGCUCCAAAAGAAGAGCUCACGCGAACAAUAAAUAUAUCCCUAAUUAUGACUCUACAAAACCAUCUAAAUAUUUGAUGUACUAUGAUGUUAAUAACCAGUAUGGAUGGGCGAUGUCGCAAUAUCUACCUUAUGGAGGGUUCAAAUGGGUGGAUACUAAUAUUGAUAUUAUGUCUAUACAUGACCAUUCCCCUGAAGGAUAUAUUUUAGAAGUUGACUUAGAAUAUCCGAAAAAACUUCACAACGUUCAUCAAGAUUUACCCUUUUUACCCGAACACCUUAAUCCUGCAACUUUGAGACCUUGUACAAAUAAAUCUAAAUUAAUGGCAACAUUACAAAACAAAGAAAAAUAUGUGAUCCACUAUAGAAAUUUAAAACAGGCGAUAAAAUAUGGAUUAAAGGUAACAAAAAUUCAUAGUUUUAAAAUUUAACCAGUCCCCUUGGUUAAAGACUUAUAUAGAUUUUAAUACUAAACUUAGAAAAAAUUCGAAAAAUGAAUUUGAGAAGAACUUAUAUAAACUUAUGAACAACGCCAUCUUUGGAAAAAGUAUUGAAAGUGUGAGGAAGUAUCUUAAUGUGAAGUUAAUUCAGCAAUGGCAAGGGCGUUAUGGUGCUGAAGCAAUGAUAUCAAAACCUGAAUUUAAAUCAUGUACAAUAUUCAAUGAAAAUUUAGUAGCCAUAGAAUUGCACAAACUAGAGAUAUUUUUAAACAAACCUAUUUAUAUUGGAAUGAGCAUUUUGGAUUUGGCUAAGACAACUCUUUAUGACUUCCAUUAUGGCUAUAUGAAAAGUGAAUUUGGAAAUAAUUGUUCCAUUUUAUACACGGAUACGGACAGUCUAUUCUACGAAAUUCGAGAUCAUGAUCCAUAUGAAAUUAUAAAACGUGAUUGCAUGCAAUAUUUUGAUACCUCAGACUAUUCACUAAACAACGUUUACGGAAUUCCUCAAGUUAAUAAAAAAGUACUAGGUAUGAUGAAAGAUGAGAACAAUGGUAUACCAAUGACUGAUUUUAUUGGUCUUUGUUCAAAAUUAUAUACUGUAAAAAUUGUUAAAACUGAAGAUGCUAUUGUAAGGGAGACAGCUAGUUCGUCUUAAAACAGAAGAAGAAUAUGACUCUGAUGAAAUUGGAGAUAUUUUGUUAAAUGUUGAAUUAAUUAAGAAAGCAAAGGGCGUUAAAAAAUCUAUAGUUAAUACCGUAAUAACUUUUGAAGAUUAUGUAAACUGUUUGGAGACAUUUACAAAUAAGAUUGUUUCGCAGAAUUUAAUUCGUUCAGAUAAACAUCAAGUUUAUUCAAUGACUCAGCAGAAAAUCGCCCUUAGCCCCUACGAUGAUAAACGCUACUUGGUACCUGAAUCUUACAAUACCUUACCAUGGGGCCACUACAGCUUAGCAGACGUUCCAACUGGAUUUAAUUAAAUACUUUGUAAUAACAUGUUAUUAUGAAAAAUUAAACUGCUUAAUUAUGUAUGAGAAAAAUAAAUGAUUUAAAACAAAUAUGUUGUUUUUAUAUUCUAACAUUAUAAAAAUAAAGUAGAAAGAAAGGGAUAUUUUUCUAGUGCUCUCCUGAUAUUUUAAAUAUAAAUAAAAAUUUAAUAAGGGGUAAAUUGUUCUAGUACGCCACUGGAAUUUUGGUAUCAAAAAUUACCACGUUGGACCUUAGAUUUUCUUAUGG